AUGGCGCCCCCACUGUCAUCACUCUAUACGCUCUCGUUUCUAAUUGCAAUCCUCGCUACACUUUUUGUCGCGGCCACGUUCCGUCUCCUCGCCAUCCUCCCCAAUGCCGCACGCUCCAAAAAGAGACUCCCCCGCAAGCGCCCCGUCGCAACACGCGUCCUCAUCGUGCUCGGAUCCGGAGGUCACACGCACGAAAUGUUCUACCUCCUCCACAAUCUCAACACACGAAACUUCACGCAUAGGACGUACAUCGUGAGCAGCGGCGAUGCCUUCUCCGCACAGCGCGCCGCGAACUUUGAGCGCGAACUCGAGGACGCCGAAAAUGACCGGGUACGCCAGUUGAAGGAAGAGAGACUACAGGUCGGAGAAGAAGACGUCAGACCCCAGACACCAACAAUGCAAAUCACGAACCCAGAGGGCAAAACCCACAAUCUCGAAAAAUAUGUUCCUGGUACUACCACCACAGAGCGACCAGCAUGCAUAGGCCCGGACCACUACAACAUCACCGUCCUCCCCCGCGCCCGCAAAAUCCACCAACCCCUCCUCACAGCCCCCUUCACAUGCCUUUACACCCUCUUCUCCGCCGUCAAACCUCUCCUCUCCUCUCCUCCGCUCCUACCAAGCCAAGGUCCCACCAACCCUUACGAAGCCGCCGCCGCCGACCUCCCAGACCUUAUCGUUACAAACGGCCCUGCCACGGCUGUCAUUGUGGUGUUAGCGAGUCUGAUACUGCGCUUCUUCAACGUGCGAGGCGCGGAUAGUAGAGGCAAGUGUAAGACUUUUUGUUGGUGA